AGCGCUGAGAGGAGCUGGGAGCAGAGGUUUUGUGGAGCGGGUCUGUGAGGGAGUUCUAGCUUGGCCGUGUUGUUCUCUGCGACAGCCGAGUUCCAGCGCGCUGCCUCCCUGAGUUCUGGUUCUGUUGUUCGUAACCAGUGUCCUGCCUUCUUAAACCAUCCACAACUUCCACUUUAUUGGUAGACCUGUCUGAAGCUCUUCAUGAAAAGCUUCUGGGCUCCCUCGCGGGUGCAGUGGUGGCUCUGGCCUCAUACAGCAAAUGGAUCGUCUGAAUAGAAAUAUAUUCUCCAAAGUUAUGUGUCUUAAGGCACACAUAUUGCUUUGCACUAAUUUAAAUAUUUGUUGCGUUUUUAAAUGACAUUAUAUUGAGCGUUUCUCAAGCCUUAAUGCAUCUGCUUUAGCAAAAGUUCUGUGUUACCCUGUAGUAAUCAUCAAAUGAAUGAUAUCUUUUUCAUUCUGAAAGGAAGAGGAUGCUUAUAUACUUACUUAUUAAUUUUGAAUUUUUUAGUUUUUCAUUUUCACAGGAAAAGCUUGUUUUUAAAGCAGUUAUUUUCUUUAUUACGUUGUUAACACAGCAGCUGAGUGAAACUAAUUAAUCUGUUGUUUAGUGCAUGUUGAAAGGAAGAGGAAAUGGUAAAAACCGGUACAGUUAGCGAACAUUAUACUUACAUAGUGUUUAUUGCUUUAAAUAGCCACGGUGACUUUUAUACCAAAGGUAGACAACAUUAUUUAUCUUGUCUUUACGUUAUUGUGCAAAUCCUGUAUUGAUCAUUGCUUCUCGUUUCCCCUCUUUCAGAUAGUGGCUAUUGUAAAUAAGACCAGUAGAGUAAAAAGCCACCUCUUCCCACAGAAUUUAUAGUCUAAUUAGAGAAAAAAGUGCUGGGAAAAACGUUUUGAGCAAAUAGUGCAAGGUCUGUGUCUGCUUUUGUCUUAGUAAGCUGCCAAGGGAUUAAUCAAUGUAUCACAUUUAAUGGAAGGGUAGCAGUUAAGUGAAAACACUGUAAUGAGAACAGGCAGCCAGGUAGGCUAUUGAGACGAAAGGCUGUCCAUAUAUUCACAAGGAAGGUAGACUCUGCAGAGCCAAAACAGUGUGGAAAACCACCUGUCUUGGGAACAAAAAAUAUAGGGAACAACUUUGUAAAUGUCAUUGCUUAGAGUCAAGAUGUUAGGAGGAAUUCUCUGAAGUAAAAUAUGGGAGAGGGGUAGGAUAUGGCAGUGUAAGGGUGUAGAGUUUGGUUGAGGUGACAAUUCAAGGUGGCCUUAUCUUCUCACAGGAAACAAUACAGAAACACAGCAGUGCCUUCACUAAGUAAUUUCUGCCACAGAGCUGUACUUGGGAUAUUGAGUCUGUCUUGACUUACGUGCUGUCAAGAUUUAUCCAACUUAAAUAGCUUCUGGGAAAGAACUUCAACUCAGGAGGAAGAUGAAAGAUUGCGUCACUGAAGAACAUUUAUAUUUGGCUUUUUCUCAUCAGUACAGAGAGAGUAUCUUUCCUCUUCAUACAUCUGUCUCCCUGUUUUUGCUAUCCUACUGUGACUGCAAAUUAUUUAAAAUUUUCUUAGUGCCAACUGGCGAAGAUGUGGGUGAUCAGUGUGUGACGAAAAACCUCCCUGGCGAUCUUGAGGUGCAUUUAAUCUCCAGGUGUCAGCUUCCAGAGGUUGUGCGGAGCUGCAGUUUACCUGCAGUUGUCGUGAAAGAUGGCAAAUUCUGCCGAGCUGGGCUUUCUGUUGUCUUAAGACAUAUAAUACAGAAAACGUACGAGGCAGAUCCAUCUAAAAAGGAUGUUUUGGAACUCUUGGGCUUUAAGAAGACUUGCUUAAAAGCUUGUGCUGAAGUUAGCCAGUGGACCAGACUUUGUGAGAUCAGCAUUCCUCUGGCUGUGGAAAGGUUUUUGAUGGCAUCUCCUGAGCACUGUCAGGCUAUUCCUCCUGACAUUUUACAGUUUGAAAGGAAGCUUGGAGAACCUGUCCGAGUACAUAAUGAUGACAAAAUUCGUAGGCAAAAACUUCAACAGCAGAAGACAGGUACCAAGGCUGCAGUGCCCAUACUUGGUGAAGAAGCAGAAAGGGAAUUAAAAGCAGGGGAAGUGCAUGAGCAUCCACCCCCAAGUUUGGAACUGAGUUUAGCUUUCUCCAAGCUACUUGUCCAGGAAGCAUCAGAUGCAGUCAACAGAGAGGCCUCCCACAUCAGGAGAACAAAAACUUCUGACCUUCCGCUGUUGGACCACAUCUUUGCAGAAGGGCUUUAUUUUACUGUGGCAGAUAUAGUGCUAUUGCCAUGCAUCCAUCAGUUCUUGGUUUCCAGCAAGAAACAAGGCAGAAACCUGGUAAAUUUACCACUGAUAUCCACUUGGUAUCGAAGAGUUCAAGAAGUACCUGGAGUAAAGAAAGCUGCUGGCAAAUGCAAUAUGGAGCUUCUCCAGCUUCCAGAGUUGAUGUCUGCUCCAGAGGAACAGGCACAGGACUUCUCUUCAGUUCCUGAUGAGUUAGAAGAGGAGAACGAAGACAGUCAUUUUAUAGGUGGUCCAAGGCCAACUAUGACUAAGUUAAUGGAAAAUGGAAUUGAAGCAAAGUUUUUUCCACAUCCAUGCCCCAACUGGACCCUAGACUGGACCAGUCUACCGUCUGCAGUCAGUCCUGGGGAAGGAAAGAUGUCUAGAGACCGGGCUCUCAGGAAGCAACAGCAACUGAACAAUUUGGUAGCAGUGGUGACAAAGCUUGCAAAGCCUGGAGAUGUGAUUGUGGAUUUUUGCAGUGGAGGGGGCCAUGUUGGAAUUGUUCUUGCUCACAUGAUGCCAUCAUGUCAGGUGGUACUCAUAGAAAAUAAGGAGUUGUCUCUGAUCCGUGCUAAAGACAGAAGUGAUGAACUAGGUUUAAACAACAUUUGGUUCAUUCAAGCAAAUUUGGACUAUUUUAAUGGGACUUUUAACAUCGGGGUGGCUCUGCACGCCUGUGGUGUGGCCACAGACAUGGUGAUUGAGCACUGCAUCCGGGCACGGGCAGCCUUUGUCAUCUCCCCUUGCUGUUAUGGCUUCAUUCAAAACACAGUCAAGUUCAAAUAUCCACGAAGUCGUCAGUUCAAAGAAAUUUUGUCCUACAAGGAGCACAUGAUUCUCUGCAGAUUUGCAGAUCAGACAGCUGUUCAGCUUCCACCUGAACGCAGGCUAAUUGGAAAACAGUGUAUGGGGCUUGUGGAUCUGGAUCGGGCAUGGGCUGCAGAAGAACAGAACUACUCUGUCCAAGUUAUAUCUAUGGAACCAGAGAGUUGUUCUCCAAAGAACAAUAUGUUUGUGGGCACCCCUACUUAGAGUGUGAAACUUGCAUUCGAUUUGAAAUAGAACAUAAAUCUUCAGUGCAUAAUGACAUCCAGCAGAUAGAAGCAGAGCUGGGAACCAGACAUCACGCAUCUUGAACGCAUUGCGCUCAGAAAAGGAAGCAACCCAAAAAGUCUUAAAAAGCAAACUGCAUGCAGAGCAUCACAAAUCAACUUGCGAUGUGUCAUUAAGCAACUUUUGGUUCUCUUCUGAGAAGUUUCUGGAUCUAAUGACUGUGCAUGGAAUUAUAUCCAUCUGUAAAGGUUUAGAAAAAAGUUGGUCUCAUUGAAGGGAAGGUGGUUUCCUUUUCAGUAAAACUGUUUCUUGGCUGCCUGAAAAUUGCGUUUGUGGUCAAAACUGCGUUUGGGUUUAUAAGCAGAGCAGUUAUCAGCCAGAAGUGCUGAUCACUAGAGGAACAGAAAAGAUCAGAUUUAUGGUGUUAGUGAAGAAGGAUGUGGAACAGGUGGUGGCUUGACUUUGCUAAAGAAUUCCAUACUACUGUAGGAAGAUUAUUUUUAAUAAAAGUUCAUCAGAUUACUUUGGGCCUCAUUCUGUUUAUUAAAAAUGUAUUCAAACUUGCCAGUCAUUUUUUAACAAGAUUUAAGUAUUAAGUAUUACACAAGAAUUCUGUUAGCAGGUAUUUGAAAUUGUGUUUGAAGAAAUCAAGCCCCUAGUUAUCCAUGGACCAGAUAGUGGGAGCUAGUGAUGAUGUCAGCAAAUGCAUACUUCAUUAUCACCUUUGCUAAUUGAAGUGUAUUGCUUCCUAUUUGUAAGAAACUCUGCUGUCAGAAGAAAUUUUUAAGAAUAGUUCCUUUGUCUCUAUAUCUUCAUUGAUUUUAUGUUCAGUUUAAAAUUUGGUCAAAGUUGCGAUCGUGGAACGAUUUGAAAAGAUCAGUCACAGUCAUGUUACUCUAAAAUGAAAAUAAGCUUUCUGUGUUCAGUUUUCUACCCUAAUUUAAAAUCAUCUGUUGAUACUAACACAAUGGAAAAUAGCUCCUAAUGAAAUUUUUGCUGCAUGUUUAAGGGUUUUACAUAUUUAUGAAUUCUGCCAUGUUUUAAUUUAAAUAAUCGUAAGUUUGAAAACUGUGAACAUAGCUUCAGUUCAUGUGGCAAGCUGAAUUACAAACAAUAGAUAUUAGAGGGAAAAAAGAAUCCUGAAAUAUUUUAUUCUUCAUAGAUACUGUGAUAUCUAAAAGAUCUAAAUGCUUGGGGUUUUUUUCAUGUGAAAAACUGAAGGACGCUGCCCGCUUAUUUAGAAGCACAGAAGUGAGCAAGAAGGAGUGAAUUCCUACCUUUAGCCUGAGUUCUGCAGCUCUUUAUAGUUACAGGAGUAACUGGAGGUUGGUAUGGCAAUGGUAUAAAUGGCAGGUAUAAAAUACAUGGUGAUACCAAUUAUCUCCAGAGUUUUCUCUCAUACUUGCCCAAAGAGAAUUUGCUUUCUGAGAUAGUGGUGUGUCAAUCUGAACAUGUUAAAUUACUUUUCUGGAGUGAGAAAAUGUUUCUUCAUGACCUUUUUGUGCUGAAGGAAGAACUCAUCAAGGUGAGAUACCUGUUGGAAACUUUGAUGCUGUUUACAGUAAGGAUUUUCAUACUGCUCUGCUCCAGGCAAUGGGUAGCAAUAUCAAUGUUUUAAUUAUGGUGAUGUUGAAUAUUUGGCAUGAUCUGAUGUUAUGCAGUAAUAAAUGGCUUUUAGUAGAGCAAAGAUCCGUGCUGUUACAUGCUUCACAGUUUCUACAAUACCUGUAUCAAUAGUCUAUAAUAGUUUUUGGAUCUCCUUGAAAAGAAGGAACGUGGGAUGUGCCACAGGGAGCAUAUGCGCUACUGAAUAAAGGAUAAAAAAUUCAGUGUUUCUUAGAAACAGAGUUGGAAAAGGAGCCUUAUUUGAACAAAUAGUCUAAGAGGUUAUUAGGUGCUUUGGAUAGUCAAGAAAAAUAGUCACACAAGAAUCCGAAUACCAAUCUCUGUUUCAUGUGGUGGAUUUUUUCCCCCAUUUUUUUAAAGUACCUGUUUUCAUGUUGAUGACAGUUUCCCACAGGUGUUUCUUAUUUGUGACUUAAGUAAAUUAUUUUAUAUCUGCUGCCCUACAUAGAAAUAGGCUUCACAGGAGGAAAAGGUUUAUAGAAGCAAGGGAGUAAAAGUAGAGCUGCGUUUAUAUGCAUCGUGACAUCCCAUUUUUCUUGGAUAAGCCAAACUAUAGAAAGUGAGUUUGCGACAUUUUUUUUUUUCCCCUAGAGAUUGGGAAUAUUUUGAUGGCAUCUCACAGUAUCCGUCAUCUUGAUGGCUUACAGGAUUAGUGAGACUGCAUUCCAUUUGUAAUACUGCUUUGUGACCUUGUUGCUAUUGGCAUCAAUGGGCUCUGGUUUCUUUUCUUCUCAGAACAGAAUCCUCCUUAUAUCUAAGGAUGGAGCUAUAUUAGUGUGAAUAAUAAAGAAUGAUACUUGAGAUGAAAUGAUGUUUAUUGAAAACUGAAGAGGAGCAGAUGAAAAAAAGCAUAAAAAAAGCGGAAGAUAAUUGCAACAACUGAUAAUACCUAAUUUACCACAGAUUAAAUUGCUACUCUGUGCCAUGUACUUUUCUCUAGAAAUGUGAACACAAUGUUUAGGUAUGUUAGUUUGCUCUAUGUUUCUGUAUACAUAAAUGGUAAAGAAUUAAUAGAGCCUAGACUUCCCCAAACAAGGUGACUAGACAGUGUGAUCCUGGUGAGUGAACAGCUGUUGUUCUUCUAGCUGCUUGUUAUGCAAGGAGCUAGUUUGAUGUCCAAGGUGCAUACCUAAAUACUGUUUGUAUUUGUUUUGUGUCUGGCCCCACUGGGACCAGCUAUAGGAUGAACAAAAUGUUGUCCUAGCACAGUCAUAAUUUUCAAUCAUUUUGACAGUCUUCUUCUAUGUUACCCUUGUAGCCUGUAAUGCUGGAAAAAGUAAGCUUAUAACAGGAAACAGAUGACCAAACUGAACUGAGCUCCUCUGUCUGUUAAA